AUGCCUUACACAAGUCUCGUUCUCACUUUUCUCCUCGCCGCUUCCCAUAUUUGCCACGGCAAACCUCUCCCCACGCCCGAUGAUCGUCCUUACCACCAGGGCUUUCCUCCUUACUCCGAGGGUUAUCCCACCGGGGCUGGGUCCAUCGCAACGACCACUGUAGACAUCACAGCCCUCGCCGAGGAAACCAUCUAUCCAGUCCUAUACACUAGCAACACAGAGGAUGUCCCUUCAACGUCUGCAGAGGCCACCAUUGCCACCAUGGUUGCCGAGUCUGUGACUGUUCCUGCAACUGCUUUUGAGGUCGAAACUGCAGAGGUCCCGGCCGCCACCACAUCUGAGGAGCACGCAGCUCUAUCCGACGAUGAAGCUCCGUCGAACGAUGCAGAUUCUUCUGGCGAUGAGGCUUCCUCAGGCGAUGAAGCUUCCUCGGACAAGGAGGAUGGGUCUCCAGAUGAGGCUCUUCCCACCGACUCAUCGCCAGAGCCCCAGAAUCAGGACCAUCCCUGCGGCAGAUUCGAUCCCUGGACCAUUCACUCACUUUCUCGGAACUGUGAUGACACUGACACGGUCUGCGACUGGUCCUUCAUCAUUGACACCAAUUGCCCCCCGCUUGCUCCUACUCCUUGCUCGUUCUCCAUCAAGUCUCUCGGCCCCGAUGUGCCUGCCUCGCGCUCUCCCAAGCAUGAGAAGAGCGAAGAUGACUUGUGCGGGCCGUAUGAGGUGCAUUCGAGCUGGAGCGGCCAGUUUGGUCCUGGAGAGGGGUUCACGACGUUGAGUGUCAUUGAUGACGGGAACAAGUUGGUGGCGUAUCCGGCUUACAGGGAUGAUUUGUUUGGCAAGGAGGACGCCACGGUUCCGGACGUCGAGGUUGCGGUCUAUGCUUUGGGUUGA